AUGCCUGCUGCCGUAACUGGUGCCGAGUGCGGUCCCCAGGCCCCGGGAACGGCCAAACCCUCCUCAGGAACCGACAUCUCGACGCUGAAUCCCUGGGGCCAGUGCGGUACCACGGCUGACUACUGUAUCGACACAGGCACGGGAGCCCCAGGAACGGCAGCGCCGGGAAGCAAUGGAUGCAUUUCUAACUGUGGUACCGACAUCAUCCUCGGGGCUCGGCCGGCACAAUUCCAUCGUAUCGCCUACUUUGAAGCCUUCAACUUCGACUGGGCGUGUCUCCGAAUGGAUGUCGCGCAGAUCGACACUUCGAAAUACACCCAUGUUCACUUUGCCUUUCUUGAUCUGACUGAGGAUUUUGAUGUCGACGUCGUCCGAUACAGGGAGCAAUUCAUUCGUUUCACCAAGUUAAAGGGAGUCAAACGAAUUGUUUCCUUUGGGGGUUGGACCAUGAGCACCAGCCUCGCCACGUACAACAUUUUCCGCGACGCGGUCAAGCCCGAGAAUAGGCAGACCUUUGCGAGAAACCUAGCCGAUUUUGCCAAUGAAUGGCACUUGGACGGUAUCGACAUUGAUUGGGAGUACCCUGGUGCACAAGUCCUCCCCGAAAUCCCGAAGGGCAGUCUCGACGAUGGCAAAAACCUCGCCUCGUGCUUGGUGCUCCUCAGGGACCUCCUCGGCCCCGACCAAUCCCUGUCCAUCGCGACACCGGCGUCGUACUGGUACCUCAAGGGCUUCCCCAUCGCCAAAAUGUCGGCCGCUCUGGAUUAUAUCGUUUAUAUGACUUACGACCUCCAUGGCCAGUGGGAUUUCGGGAGCCGGUGGGCAGAUCCGGGCUGCCCCGAUGGGAACUGUCUCCGCUCACACGUCAACCUGACCGAGACUUUGAACGCUCUUUCCAUGAUUACCAAGGCAGGCGUUCCCAGCAACAAGAUCGCCGUGGGAAUCAGCAGCUAUGGCCGUUCGUUCCAGAUGACCACCCCGGGCUGCACAGGGCCCAUGUGCACCUACACCGGCCCAGCCUCGGGAGCGAAGCCCGGGCGGUGCACGAACACGGCGGGCUACCUAGCCAAUGCCGAAAUCAACGAGAUCAUUGCCCGGAAGAGCAACGUGCAGACCUUCCACGACGCAUCCAGUGACAGCGAUAUCCUGGUAUACGAUACGGUGCACUGGGUGGCCUACAUGGACAAUGUCACCAAGGCAGACCGCAUCGCCCGCUACCAGCGCCUCAACAUGUGGGGCGUGAGUGACUGGGCCGUGGAUCUCGAAGCCUUUGUAGCGCCGCCGACACCCACCGUUCCAAGCCGGCCAAGUUCACCUGCCCAAUCCGGCGCUUUCAAGAACCCUUUCGCCAUCAAUGGUGCCAUAAACCCAUACCUCAAAGGCUGCACCGACGCACAGGCCAAGAUGAUAUGGGAAGCCUGGCAUGAAGCAGCGGACUUGGCUGCGGCUCAUUAUGAGUGGUGGCCUGGUUCGACCUGGCAGGAUGCAAUGUCGCUGUACCUCGGGCGAAACUCCAAGAAUGACUAG